UUUAAUAACAGAGUCUCCGCACACUGUGGAUUCGAACACGGAAAAGUGCUCGGGCGGAAGUGCGCAUAGAGUUUUAUUGGCUCCAACACGUAGAGCCAUGCAUUCAGUGGGUUUAAUUAGAAUUUCGACUUGUUGCCUUCCUGUGAAAAUAAGGACGAAAAAGGGCGCUAUUUCUUGAGGCUCCGAGUUUUUAGGUUAUGACGGUAAAACGGUUUUUUAUUGCCUUUUUAAAACCGAACCUUUGAGGUAAUAGUUGGUAAAUGGGUAAAUGCGAGUUUUAAGGCAUUUUAGUUGUGCUGACCCACGGUGCGCUGUAUGGCAAGAAAAAAUUUUAAUAAUCUAACGAAACAGAGUUACGAUUAUGCUGUCGUAGGCCUAUAAAGAUACUUAUAAAGCAUUUUUAUGGCUCGGAAGUUAAACGGCCUUAACCCAUUUCUAAUGUCUUAAAAUAGCUUUUCGGAGAGUUCUGCAGAGGUCAAUGUUAAGGUUAAAAAUUUCGGCUUCAAAUAAAAAUAACAGAUACAUAUUAGAGAGAAUCAUUGUAUUCUUCCUCGCAUGCCAGGUCGUUAAUUCGAAUAACAGAAAGUAUAGAAACGAGUUUAAUUUUUCCUUGAUAGGGCGCACCGUGCCAAAAACUAGAAAUCAUUUUUCAAUCUCAAUUAUGGGGAAAGAUAGCAAUUUCCUCCCAUUCCGGUGGAACGGACCUCCUUUGAAAAGUUCUAGUGGAAGUUUCUGUGCGGAUUUUUCGUUCCGGUGGACCAUCAGGUGCGGGACCGAUCAAGGAUGCAUCCGCUUUUAUUUCGGCAAUCUGCGGAUUCAGGGACGAAUAGCUUCAUUCAGAAGUACAUUAAGCAUUCAUCAGUACAUUAUUACAUUAAUCCGAACACAAAAUCUAAUCCAAAAUACUCAUUUCAAACCAAAAUCAAUCUCUACUAAUCUAAAUUCCAAAACACAAAACCUAAUCCCCGAUUCCUUGGUAUAGAGAAUCCAACUGGUUCUUCCCGUCACUCUAGAUCUUGGAUUUUCAAGACAACAUUUUUAUCUUUUUUAAUUAUUCAAUGGUUUACGUAUUCACGUUAAACUUGAAUAAAAUUUUAUUAUCCAUCAUAAAGCACAAAUAAUGAAAACUAAAAAACUGAAAGAAUGUUGAUGAGGUAGCUUAUCUUGUACUCGACGAUCCUAAUCAUCUUUUUUUAGAGGUUGGUUGAGAUCAACUAUACUUCGCUACGUUUAAUCCUUUAAACAAAUUACUUUUUCAAGUUUUACCUUCUCAUGUAAGCCUUAAACAUUUGAAACAACCCAUGCGACUAAAUAACCUUUGUAACGUGAAGGAUAAUACAGUGUAAGGUCGUGAGAUAAACGCUUUUACGUCGUACUCAAUGAGCUAACCUGUCACUUCGGAAAGAAAACCUUGACUCCACAAUUUACGACCGCAACUUUACAACAUUUAAGGAAAAGAGAAGCACACGUGAUACGCACCCUCGGAUACCCGCCAAAGAAAUGUCUUGGCAGCAAAGAAUUAGUUUAUUAUCAGAAACCUUUCACAACUGACGCAAUGUUUUAUGGUCAUUUACAACCGAUUCGUUGGAUCAUUACCAUGUCUACAAUGUCGUCUAAUUCGUCUGAGCAAAGCGCUGGCUUCGUCAAUCACGCAUUUGACGAUGGUUCACCUGAUGGCAAUAUGUGCGAAAAGAAUAUUGACACGGAAGCUCCCGCAGUGAUAAUAACACAAAAUGAAGGUGAAGAUCAACCGGAACGAGAAAAUUGGGACAAUCCUGUAGAGUUUCUUCUCUCUUGUAUUUCAAUGUCGGUCGGAUUGGGUAACAUUUGGCGGUUUCCGUUCGUUGCCUAUGAGAAUGGAGGUGGUGCUUUCUUAAUUCCGUACCUAAUCGUGCUGGUCUUCAUUGGACGGCCACUUUAUUUCCUCGAGAUGAUCCUUGGACAAUUUUCAAGUUCAGGAUCCGUCAAAAUUUGGGACUGUGUACCAUUUGCUAAAGGUAUUGGAUACGGACAAGCGCUGGCUACCUGGUGUGUCGUCACUUACUACUGUGUCUUGAUGGCCUUGGCCUUUUUCUACCUCUUUGCUUCAUUCCAAGCUGUUUUGCCCUGGACUGAAUGCGAUCCUGAAUGGGCAACUGAAAAUUGCUACAGUACCACAGCUAAUCUAUCGAUGGCUAAUCUGACUAACACUAGUGUGUCCAGUGCAGAAGAAUAUUUCUACAUUUAUGUCCUGAAGAAAAUUCCCAAUAUGGAUGAUGGCAUCGGGACUCCAGAUUGGCGACUAACUUUGUGUCUCCUGCUGUGCUGGAUUUUAGUAUUCGCAAUGCUCGCCAAAGGAGUAUCCUCGUCAGGAAAGGUGGCUUAUUUCACAGCCCUUUUUCCUUAUGUCGUACUUAUCACGCUUCUUAUACGAGGUUGCACUUUACCCGGAGCAGGUGACGGCAUCUUGUACUUUAUCACACCUGACUGGGAAAAAGUUUUAACACCAGAUGUUUGGUACGCAGCUGUGACGCAGUGUUUCUUCUCUUUGUCGGUUGGCUUUGGACCGAUUUCAACUUUUUCCAGCUACAACCCAUUCCGCCAUCCGAUUUACAGAGAUUCAACUAUCGUCAGCUUGGCGGAUACUUUUACCAGCAUUCUGGCUGGAGUCACCAUUUUCUCAAUUCUUGGCAAUUUAGCUUAUGAAACAAAUCAACCCAUCGAAAAUGUUGUUCAAGGUGGAACCGGGUUAGCUUUCAUUUCGUAUCCGGAAGCUAUAUCGAAAUUUGAUGCAGUCCCUCAGUUAUUCGCCGUGCUCUUCUUUUUGAUGCUGAUUACUCUUGCGAUCGGAAGCGCAUCCGGACUUGCCGGAUGUAUUAUUACUAUACUGUCUGAUGAUUUACCACACAUUCCCCGUUGGAUUGUCACUGCAUUUGUUUGCGCCGCCAGCUUCCUCAUUGGACUUGUUUACGUUACUCCGGGAGGCCAGUAUAUUCUGGAUUUGGUGGAUUAUUUUGGCGGAGGAUUCAUCAUUUACAUUAUGGUGAUCGCUGAGACUAUUGCUGUCUGUUGGAUUUAUGGACUCAAGCAAAUAGUCAACGAUAUUCGCUACAUGUUGGGAUUCGGAUUGGGAAUUUAUUGGAAAUUCACAUGGUGCUUUUUAAUCCCAAUUGCUCUAGCAGUCAUCUUUAUCUAUGCUAUGGUUGUUUAUGAACCGUUGAAGACUGACGAUGGAGAACCUUACCCUCCCGCCGCAAACGCUGCUGGGUGGGUAUUGGCUGCUAUUGCCAUACUUCAAAUUCCGAUAUGGGGAGCUUUAGUUGUUCGCAAACAACAAGGAAAUAACUGGAUUCAGCGAUUCGAAGCUAGUCUUCGGCCGGCAGCUGAAUGGGGACCCAAAAAUCCUGGAAUCAAACGUGACUGGUUAGAAUACAAUAAGCAACCUAUAAGAUUCUCAUGGAUUCCCAAUCCCAAAUGGACCAGAAGCUGUAAAUCGCACUAGGAAACGUAUUUAAAGGUCUAAUCGUGUGAUUCCUAUUAUAUAAAGACCGGUUUUAAACAAUAGGUCUGUUGAAAGUUAUAACGCCAGAAAAUAAAUUACUAUUUGUAAAACGAA